GUUUUCAACAUUUUAGGUACAGUUUUGGCAUGUGCUCAUGAUAAACUUAAAUAUGGUUUUAUAACCUGGAUAGUGUUCUUGGAAACUAAACUUUACACAAAUGCUCAAACACUGUUUGAUAUUUCGAUUGGAUUUAUCUUUUUGAAACUUGAUGUGAUAAAACCAGGACCAGUGGAAAAAUCAUUUACACUAUAAAAUAUACAUUUGGUUUCAUUUUGCCUCAGGAUAUCAGCCGGUAUUUCACCUGAAAAUUACAGGUAUGACGCUUGCCAACGAUCUCUGAAUCACGGCAAGAAAAAAAAAACACAGGGGAAUAUAAUACAGUGUACAAGGAAUCCUGGAGUGGACUAACGUCUGAGAAUUUUCUGGAUAGAAAGGGCACAGAAAUAUGGCUACAUCGUCUCCAGGGGAAGACUUUAUAGAUUUUGGUGGCCAUCCUCAAGAGGGAACCAGUGCUGAUACAGAUCGUCAGCGGUCUACUUCGGCUAAUAAUAUAUUUAUGAAUAGAAAGAUUUUCCAGGACCCUAUUCACGGCCCUAUAGAGAUACAUCCGGUUUGCAUCAGAAUCAUAGACACACCACAGUUCCAGCGUCUGCGGCACAUCAAACAACUUGAUACCUGUUAUCUGGUUUAUCCAGGUGCCAGUCAUAACAGGUUUGAACAUUCCCUAGGAGUUUGUUAUCUAGCUGGAAAAUUGCUAAAAACAAUCAGAGAACAACAACCGGACGAACCAAUAACGGAUAGAGACAUUCUAUGUUUGGAAAUAGCUGGGCUGUGUCACGAUCUCGGCCAAGGACCAUUUUCUCAUGUAUUUGAAAAGCGGUUCAUGCCAAAACUGGGGAAACCGUUUAAGCACGAAGAAAUGGCCAGAAAAAUGCUUGAAUUCAUGCUGGAAGACGAAAAUGAAAAAUUAAAAGGAGACAUUCAAACAAUAAUUCGUAAUUGCAACAUACCAGGUUUUGAACAAUUUGAAGAAAGAGACUUUACUUUUAUCAAAGAAAUGAUCGACGUACCAAAAGACAUUGAGAGAGGGCCAUGGCCAUAUCAUGGUAGAGACGAAGACAAAAGUUUCAUGUAUGAGAUAGUGGCAAACAAAAGAAAUGGAGUAGAUGUCGACAAGUGGGAUUAUCUCGCACGUGACAGCUAUAUGCUUGGAAUUAAAAUCAAUUUUGAUUACAAUCGAUGUUUCGCUACUGCACGAGUUUUAAAGGUCAACGGUAUCAACGGAUCCGAUGAGACUGAAAGAGCUCAUGGCGGAAAUGAAAGCAGUGGAACUAAUCAAACCAGAGCACCACCUCAAAGUAGCGAAAGUGACGAAAGUACAAUCCAAGCAAGGCAAGAAAUCGUCGCCCGGAAACAAAUAUGUUACAGGGAAAAGGAAGCACAAGGUUUGUACGAUAUGUUCUAUACGAGGAUGACCUUGCACAGACAAGCAUACCAGCAUAAGACUCAUUCCGUCAUAGGGAUGAUGAUUUGUGAGGCUUUGAUGGCUGCAAACGAAAGUAUUCGAUUUGAAGGAAAGAAGAUUUCGGAUACAGUCGACGACAUGAAAGCCUAUACACAGCUUACUGACGACAUAAUUCUGUUAAUUUUGUAUCCAUCGAUCGGCAAUGUAGCGUUUCAAACAGAGAGAUUUGGCAAUGCACAAGAAAAUUCCUCCAGUAGAUCGAGACUAGACGACGCAAGGAAAAUCUUAAAUGAUAUUAUGAACAGAAGGCUUUAUAAGUUUGUUUCUCAAACGCAGGUUGAGAAAGGAAAAUUAAAGGUGGAUGAUUUCAAGGAGGAGUUUAUGCAGUUUGUAAGACGAGAAGGAGAGCCUGUUGAAGAAAGUUUUAUUGAAUACGAUAUUGUGGAUUUAGAUUACGGAAUGGAAGGCAAAGAUCCAAUGGAGAAAGUAAGAUUUUACAGAAAGGACGAAAUAAACACUCCAAUAAAGUUAAAAAAAUAUCAAGUUUCCUAUGUUUUACCGGCUACUUUUGCGGAGCACCUUGUACGCAUAUACUGUAAAGUCACUGGCCCAGACCAAGAUACACGUAUUAACAAAAUUGAGAAAGCAUUUAAUGAAUGGUGUAACAUGAAAGGAUUGCCUCCACCAAAGGGCUCAAGGAGAAGACAACUAGAAGAACAAAGAGGAACUCGUUAAGAACCUACGUUCAACAACAGAGAAAGACAUGAACAUUGUAAAUACGUUCUCCGUGCAAAUGUAAUAGCUCGUUUCAAAAGGGUAUAACAGCAGCACUACUCAAAUUACACAAAAGAAUUAGAUUUACGUGCAUAACCAACAGUAUUAAUGCCACAGCAAUAGUAAAAAAAACAACAACAAUGAAAUUCUAAAUAAUGUGGUUUUUCAAAAGAACGUUUGUGUGUGUUUGUCUUCUGUACGUGCGUGUUUGCGCUGCAGUGGUUGUAAGGAGACUGUGUGCGUUUUAUGAACGAGGCUUUCCCUGUUGAAUAUUCAUCCUUGCUUCUUUCCACUUUCUCCCAACACUCCCACCCUUUUCUAUACCCCUUUCCCUCAUUUUUGUAUUUUGCAUAUAAUUAAAUUGUAAAUGUCAUUGUUGUUUGUUGAGGGACUACUUUGCGAUGCAUGGCUCAAUGGCUGUGUUUGGGGUUCUCUGUGCUUUCGGAAAAUAUACCUUAACCUUUUAUCUUAUAAAUUUAAUUAAAAACUUUUUAGUACUUAGGCAUAAAAUUGUAAAAGCUUCAUAUACAAAGAUAGGAAACAUUGAAAUACACUUAAAAAUAAACAAAGAAAAAGGUUUAAGGAUGGUAAAAUGUUUGAGGCGACAAUGCUAGUUUUCUAUUUGUUUUGAAUUUAUCGCUAAAAGUAUGUUUUGACUGGGUUUAAGUUUGUAAAUGUCAAAAAUGACUCAAUUUUUGUUGAAUUCUUAUCCAACUUAUAGGAUAUCUUAUUGAGCACUAUGUGAGCAUUUGGUAAUGUUUUUGAGGAAAAUAUAAGUUUCAUAUGCCAGAAAUUUACUAUUUAAGGGACUUAUCUAUAAAAAGCCCAUUUGUUUGUAAAAUGUCUGCCUGCCCGUACUUGGACUCAGUGUUGUUAUAUUUUCUGGUCCUUUCGAAUCAUGGAUAACAUUAAUUUUUGCUAUAAUAGAAUUCCGCUUAUGCCGUUUCUAGGGGACAUGAGUGGUGUUGCACAUUUUGUUCCCUCUCAUGAACAGUCUCAAUCAAACCGAGGCUGCUGCUAUUAACUAAAAUAACCAGCAAACAAACACAAAUAGACCAAAUUGCAGAUUAUUACUAAGACUUGUAUAAUCGUGUCACUACUAGUUUCUUAGAUUUUAAAUUAUUCUUCUUGUAAGGAGGCUAAUGAUUCUUGCAUACUCUAUGCAAAAUUCUUUCCUCGAUAAUAUAUAAUUUGUGAUACUUUGUGGUAUAUUUUAAUAUAAGGCAGUACAGAGAAAUUCUUCUCUCUUUUAUUUAUCACCUUUUUAGUAUAUGGUUGACAUGGAUCUUUAUUAAUGCAUUUGAAUGUAAUAACAAUAGUAUUUUGUACAUAGUUCGUCAUUGAUUAAUUAAUGUAUUUAUUUAUUAUUAAUUUCAGUUCAUUCAUUCGUUUGAAUUAUUUAUGGUUGCAUCAUUUUAUUCAUGUAUAUAUUAAUGUUUUUUGACCAUGUUAUUGUACAAAUUAUAUCUAUAAAAUCAAACUCUUUUUGUAGGGCCUCGUGAAUAUAGCGUAAAUUAAACCAUCGUGAAAAUUUCUGCUUUUGCAAUACCUUAAUAUAAAGAAAACUUGCAUCACAAUUAUAUGUUUCGUGAUGCUGAUAUAAGAUGCUCAGUAGAUAAAGCUCUAAUUGAAGAGUAAUUAUAAAUGACUCAAAAGAAGAAACAAUUAAUUCUUUACUCUCGUGAAACAGAAGAAAGAACGUCUUCUGUGUGGUCCAGUUUUGUUUUCCUUUCAGUCCAGUGCAUGGUUAAUGCAUAAUACCUCUUUCUAAUAUGUUACAAUAUGGGAAAUCAUUUUGUCUUUCGAGUUUUGUUUCUAUACACAUGUAUGUAUUCAUGAAGAAUCGUUACAAUCGAUCGUUCAUUCUAAUAGAGACUUUCGUUGCAUAUCCAUAUUUCCAGUACAAUAAUUAUUGAAUUUACUAUAAUCAAAUAUUUUUUAUUAUGUUAAUCUCAUAAGAAAUAUGAUCCUUGUUUUGAAGUGUCUGAUAAUUAUGUAAUAACUGAAAGGUUUCAUAUCUAUAAUAUUCCAUUGAUUUUAGGUAUGUUUUCUUGAGCAUAUUUUCUGUUUUACAAUUCAAUUCACCUUACUUAACUGCAAAGUUUCCUCAUGUUUUGUUUUGUUUAUUAUUAAAUUCUUAAUAUUUAUUAUAUAUUUUAUUGCUAUUCAAAGUCUUCAAACAUACUAUUUCAAACACAUGGUUUCUUUUAUCCAUUAUUUUACUGUUGAUGUUAGGUAGUUUAAGUAUUUUUGCUCAGCGCUUUGAUACAGAAUAUUGGCACUACUGUUGUAUUGCCUGUUCAUUUAAGUAACACGUACUGUAAAGUUUUCAUAUAAUGAUUAAAUUCACUCUUUAAUAGGAUUCACGGCUUUUUAAUUGGUUUCUGAAGAACCUCAUUGAUAUUCAAAUAAACCGCCUUUUGAUUACUAGAUAUAACCUAAAUGAGAAAUGUCCUUUAUUUGUUAUGAUAUUAUAUAUGUACUGCAGUAUGUGUCGAUAGUUUACUUAUAGACUUUGACUGUGUAUAUUGAUUAUAUGUAUGAACGAGGAACCAUGUGGUUCAAGUCGAAAAUAAAUUGUUCUUUCGGUUCUGUUCCCAUAACAAGAAUUCUUUUAAUAAGAGAUUCGUUUCUAUAAGAUAUCUUUACUUUAUUUUAGUUUGUUAUAUUUAUUUUUAUAGCUAAUUUAAUAACUAUACUCAUAAUCGGGAAUCAUCAGGCAGUCAUGUUGUUUUGCUAUGUACUUAUGUCAUAUUCAAAAUUAUUUACAAAGGGAAUAGAUAUUAGAACCAUCACUUUAACUGCUGUUGUUCAGUGGUUGUUUUACCCCUGUGUCUAUUGGAUUGACAUGCAUCUCUUCAUUAAGAAUAAGUGUGCAAUGAUUCCAGUUGAAAACAUUACAAAUGAAACAAAUGAAACCUCACAAGCUAUUACAUAGCAGGAAUGUCAACAUACUCGCAAUCGAUAUUAUAGAAUGUCAAAUCUAGUUGCAUGUUUUAACGAAAAAAUGCUUCCCCUCGAAAUAUGUGUCGUCGGUGAAAUACUAGUCAGUCUGCACACAUGUCUUAAAUGAGUCAAAAAGAUAUGAGUAUGAUAUGGACCAAAAAUACUGUCUUUCUGAUGUUUGAACUAACCAGACGAUGUGACACUGAACAAACUUGGCAGAAAGUUGCGAGCGACUGGACAAAAAGCAGCAUGACUCCUCAUUGCUAUUGGUAAACUUUCCCAUGUCAUUAGAGAUAUCAACAUGAAUUAUAUCGUACCCAAAUACAUUUAUACUGAUACUGAAAUGAUGCACGAACAAAAAAUAUUAGAGAAAACGUCGAACGUAAUUCAUCGCAGUUAGACUCUUACAUCGGUAACUAUCAUUUUACAAUUGAAAUGAAAAAAAUAUUUCUUACAAUAUCAAUCGCAGUAUGCCUAUAUAGAAUUCAUACAAGAUUGCAAUCCCAAUUCAGUACUUUUGACAAGAUUUUUGUUGCAACUGUCUCCCUUGGGAAUGACACGAAGUAGAAAAAUUUUACCGUUUAUCUAGAUAACAGUAUUCCCAUUUUGGAGAUCUACUCUUGAUGUCAUUCUGCAUGGAAACAAUUCACUAUCUUGCUAUUCAAUCUAAUAUCAGAGAGACUGAAAGUUUUAUGUAAUAAUAUAAACUUUUUAUCUUUCCAUAUAAAACAAUCUAUAUAAGCUUAGUUUAAAAAGUGUCAGAUCUCUUUUGUCUUAAUAAAAUAUAAACAAUAA